AUGGUCGAGCGGCCCAAAAGCCAUGUCUUCUCCUCAAUCCCAUAUUGUCUUGCUCUCAACCACAAUACUCAUCGGCCCUUACGGAGCUACGGAAUGCUUCAUAAGAGUCUUUCUCUUCAGGAGAUAAGGCUGCCCAGCAAAUGCUAUUCGGAGCUCCGGGCCUCGGCGGGUGCUGGGUCUGUUGUUCUGACGGUUGGAAUAUAA